CUCAUCACCCUCUCCCUGGCCCUGGCCACCUCCGUCACCGCAACAAUGAGCUGGUCCCUCGACCGCGUCGCCAACCCCACCGAAGACGAGUCCGACGCCUACAACCGCAUCACCGACGCCAUGAACGCCGCCAUCGCCCGCUGGCAACCCUACUGGCUCGCCAACAAACACUGCACCGUCAGCUACGUGCCCGGCAUCGGCACCGCGGACGGCAAUUACAACGGCAACAUCCGCUUCGGCUCCGAUCGCCAGUACAUGGUCGAGGGUUACGCGCUGCACGAGAUCGCGCACGUGUUGGGUGUUGGAGGGGGGAAUCCGAGGUUUUAUGCGAAUUGUCAGAAUCAUGAGUGGCCGUUGGCGAGUAUGGUGAUUGCGAAGUAUUAUGGGCAAGGGGAGGUGUUGCAUUGUGCGGGGGAACACUUUUAUCCGUAUGGAUUGAAUUUUGCGGAUGAGUUUAGUGAGGAGAAUUAUGCCAGGCAUUGUGAGGUUGUGGAUGCGAUGAUUCGGGAUGGGAUG